UCGCCACGCACCAUUGCCCUCACCUGCCCAUGGCCUCUGCUGCCCAGCCCGGGGCCGGCGCCGCCGCCUGAGCCCCGUGCCCCGCUCCAGGACUUGCUCUGCCCCGAUGGGGUAACGUGACGGAGGCGGGUGCAUCAGAACCGCCUGCCACGGGUGCCGCCUGCGCCGCCCCCCCGCCCAGGGCUACCUGUGGGUUCUGGCUCGUUUGGCCUUUGGCCCUUGGGGCUCUGGCUGUGCCCUUGAUUGGGGGGCACCGGCCCUUCCCCCGAGGCCGAGAGGCAGCCCCAGGACAGGCACAGCGCUGGCCGCGCGGCGGGGUCCCCGCGGGAUUUUCAGUUUUCUUUGCUGACUUUUGGGGUUGUUAUUUUUAUUUUGCCCCAUAAUUCUCCAGCGCUGAGCGAGGAGCUUGGGCUUGCCCGUCUGACUUUAGGGGCGUCCCGCCCCUCUUCUCUUUUGAAGAGCGGGUUUUCUUUUUUAAUUCCCCACGCCGGGCAGUGUGCUCCCCUCCCAGGUAUUUGCACAAUAUUUGUGCGGGGUGGGGGCGGGCUUUUUAAAAAGUGUUUUCUCUCUCGGACAAACACGGGGGUCGGGUUCUGCUCGGGCCCGGGGGCUGGUGGGGGCUCGUGUGGGUCCCGGCGCCCUCUGCAGCCUCCCUGGCCGGCCGUGCUGGGGAGCAUGUCACGCGUGCACCGGCCCGCCCCCGUGGAGGUGAGCUACAAGCACAUGCGCUUCCUCAUCACGCACAACCCCACCGACGCCACCCUCAGCAGCUUCCUGGAGGACCUGAAGAAGUAUGGGGCCACCACCGUGGUGCGCGUGUGCGAGGUCACCUACGACAAGGCGCCCCUGGAGAAGGACGGCAUCACCGUGGUGGACUGGCCUUUUGAUGACGGGGCGCCCCCGCCUGGCAAAGUGGUGGAGGACUGGCUGAGUCUGCUGAGGGCCAAGUUCUGUGACGACCCGGGCAGCUGCGUGGCCGUGCACUGCGUGGCCGGCCUGGGGCGGGCUCCGGUGCUGGUGGCGCUGGCCCUCAUCGAGAGCGGGAUGAAGUACGAAGACGCCAUCCAGUUCAUCCGACAGAAGCGCCGUGGAGCCAUCAACAGCAAGCAGCUCACCUACCUGGAAAAAUACCGACCGAAGCAGAGGCUGCGGUUCAAGGAGCCGCACGCGCACAGGGCCAAGUGCUGCGUCAUGUAGCUCCGGCCUGCUCCGUGAUGGUGGCGCACCUGGCCUGCACCUGGCCUGCACCUGGCCCCGCGCACCUGUGCCUCCCG